UUGUUCUCUUUGUGCAAUGAAGGUAUCUCCAUGAGGUCUGCGAGCCACCUAUUAUUCACAGAAACUUUAAGUCUGUCAAUCUUCUCCUUGAUGAUGAGUUGGCUGUGCAUGUCUCUGAUUGUGGUUUAGCUUCACUGAUAUCAUCAGGUGCUGUAAGUCAGCUGUCAGGACAACUUCUUACGACCUACGGCUAUGGUGCCCCAGAAUUUGAGUCAGGGAUUUACACUUCUAAGAGUGAUGUUUAUAGUUUUGGCGUGGUGAUGCUGGAACUCUUAACAGGCAGAAUGUCAUAUGACAGAACUCGAAGUCGAGGAGAGCAAUUCUUGGUAAGAUGGGCAAUCCCUCAGCUACAUGAUAUUGAUGCCUUGACGAGGAUGGUUGAUCCUUCACUCAAGGGAAAGUACCCACUUAAGUCAUUAUCACAUUUUGCUGACAUAAUAUCCCGCUGUGUUCAGCCCGACCAAGAAUUCCGGCCACCAAUGUCAGAAGUUGUUCAAGACCUCAUACAAAUGAUUAGAAGAGAAUCUCCUAGUAGAUCCGAUGAAGAAUGACUUGAACUAGACAUGCACUCUAUAGCAGAUUCAGCCGCGGAGUGACCAAAAGUUCAAGAUUUUUUACUUCGUAAGAAAUUUAACUCGAGCUGAAAUACUUGACCCAAGAUUUUGAGGCCGCUGUAGAUGCAGUACCCUGCUACCAGAACUUCAUACCUCUGAGACAAAAGGCAGGCUAGAACAGUGUGAUUUCAAACCAGCACGGCUCGGUUAUCCUGAUUCUUUGUACAAUUUUUUUGCAAUCAUUCUAAUGUUCAUUUAGGCUAAACAGAAGCCACAAUGCAUAAAAAUGCACUAACCCCAUUGUUUAAGAGCUUAUUUAUAUGGUUGUUAAUUGGUACAUCUGAAGUUGUAAAUCGUUAUUUGUUCUGCUGUACAUUUUCAUUUGUUUGUACAAGAAUAUUCUUCACUCUUUCAACAUGGACUUGCUGUACCACUUUAUUUCCCAGUA